UUGUCCUUUCAGUGGCGGCGGUCCAAGGGAGAGGGAUUGUUGGCCUGCUAGUCAUGUGAUGCGAGGAGUUUCCGGUGUGGUGUGGAGAGAGCCGGAAGUAGUAGAGCCGUUGUGUCUCUAUCGCUGUCGCCAUGGCUGAAUACUCUAAUGUAAAAUCCACCAAGCUGGUGCUGAAGGGAAUGAAGGAUAAGAAUAAGAAGAAGCACAAAAAUAAGAAAAGAAAGCUAGAUGAAUCAGAAGAGAAUAAACUGGACAUUGUCGGAAAUUGGUGGACAGUCAAAUGUUUUGGUGACAUUUCAGGGAUGGUAGCCAUUGAAAUGGACAAAGGAGCUUAUAUCCAUGCCCUUGACAAUGGUUUAUUUACUAUAGGCGCUCCACAUACAGAUGAUUCUGGUCCAGCUCCACCAGAACAAUUUACAGCAAUAAAAUUGUCAGAUAACAGGAUUGCGCUCAAGUCUGGUUAUGGAAAGUACCUUGGCAUUAAUUCAGAUGGACUGGUUAUGGGCCGUGCAGAUGCUAUUGGUGCUAGAGAACAGUGGGAGCCUGUAUUUCAAGAAGGGAGAAUGGCUUUGCUGGCAUCAAAUAGCUGCUUUGUUGGCUGUAAUGAAGAAGGGGACUUGAUAGCACAAACCAAGACUGCUGGUGAGGAAGAAAUGAUUAAGAUCCGAUCCUGUGCGGACAGAGAAUCAGGAAACAAAGAUGAUAUUCCUGAUGAAGACAGAGGCAAUGUAAAACAGUGUGAGCUCAAUUAUGUCAAGAAAUUUCAAAGUUUCCAGGAUCGUAAACUAAAAGUGAGCAAAGAGGAUCACCGGGAGCUUAAGAAAGCUAGGAAAGAUGGAAGCUUUCACGAGACACUUCUGGACAGGAGAUCGAAGCUAAAAGCGGACAGAUACUGCAAGUGAAAACCAUCACAAGAUUUUUGUUCCAUUUUUUUUCCUUUUUUUAUAUAUAAGUGUUUUUAUCUAUCGUGUUAACUGCAUUGAAAUAUUUUAUUAAAAUUUUGCAACAUGGAUAAAGUGUUUGU